UUAUCGACAGUGUAGAUAACAAUAAAUCAUUAGAUUUGUGCGAUAAAAAUAAACCAGUUCAAUAGUUUUUGCAAUAAAUUUUUGCCGUGAAGAGUAAUUCAACGUUAAACAUAUCUUCAAAUUUAGACACCUGAAAACCGAACAAAAUGGAAAAACUUGUUAUUAUUCUCGGAUUUUUCUUCGCAGGGGCUAUAUUCAGUGUUUGUUCUCUCCCCAAAGACAAAGUACCAACAGGCAAUAUUGUACCUUACGCCGGAAUUAACGACCUCGUAAACAGUACAGUGGAAGGCAUGAGACCAGAUCUACCCGAUCCUCUCGUACUUGAAGAUCCACUCAAUCUAAAUUUAACAGAAGACAUAAUUAACGGAACACUGGACAUUCAGGACAUACGUGUUACAGGCUUGAAAGGCUUGCUCGUUCCCUACCUUUUGCUUGUAAUGCCUACAUUUCUACUACACUUUGAAUUUGUCGUACCAGUUAUUGAAAUUAACGCCCAAUACAAAACAGACAUUGAUCUGCUAGGCCUUUUAAAUGUGUAUGGAAAUGGCAGUGCCAGAAUAGCCCUCAAUAACGUGCAGUUAAAAGGAACUACUGUAGUAAGUCUGUCACCAUCAAUGUCAAUGAAAGACUUGGAUAUUGAAGUACGCUUACAAAGUGUCGACGUUGACAUUCAAGGUCUAUUGUAUGACGAAGGAUUUAGUUCUUUUGCUAGCGGACUAAUAACUUUACUAGCUGAAUGGUUGAUCGUCCCGUAUGUUAAUAACAACGCUUCAGCCAUUGGAGACAUAGUUGGUCCAAUUCUUGAAGACGUUAUAAAUGGACUUCUCUCAGGUACCACUACUGUAGAUCCUGGUACUUCAACAACGACUACUACUGCCACUACGCCUACCACUACUCCUACCACAAUUCUCACUACACCUACUCCGGCUCCAACUGACCCUCCAAGUUCUCCCGAUUCAACAACCCCUACUACUCCACCACUAGAUUCUUAAAAUAGAAUAUUUCAAGUACACAACAUUCUAGAUUUGUUUCACUGUUUAAAUGUUAAUUUAAUAAACAAAUUUACAAAAAAAUUAAAAUUUUUGACUCCAAUGUACCAAAA